GGGCGAGGGGCGCGGCGGCCACUCCGGGAGGUCGGGCGGCUAGCGUGACCUCACUGGGAGGGCCCAGCGCCGGGAGCGCAGCGCCCGCGGACCGCAGCGCCGGGAGCACGCCGAGCUCGCUCGGGAUGGAGCGCUACAAAGCCCUGGAGCAGCUGCUGACUGAGCUGGACGACUUCCUCAAGGUCCUAGACCAGGAGAACCUGAGCAGCACUGCCACGGUGAAGAAGGGCGGGCUGGCCGAGCUCUUGAGGAUCUACACCAAGAACAGCGGUUCUGAUGAGGAAUAUAUUUACAUGAACAAAGUGUCAGUUAACAGGGACCAGAACCCAGCCUCUCCAGACAAAGUGCCCGAGGAUCAGGGUCCUCUGACCAAUGGGGAGCCCAGCCAGCACUCUUCAGCACCUCAGAAGAGCCUUCCAGACCUCCCUCCACCCAAGAUGAUUCCAGAGCAGAAGCAGCUGGUUGUGCCGAAGACCGAGGCUCCUGAGGGCUACUAUGAAGAGGCUGAGCCAUAUGACGCGUCCAUUAACGAAGAUGGAGAGGCUGUGAGCAGCUCCUACGAGUCCUAUGAUGAAGAGGAGAACAGCAAAGGCUAUACAGUCUCCUACCAGUGGCCCUCGCCUGAGGCCAGCAUUGAGCUGAUGCGUGAUGCCCGCAUCUGUGCCUUCCUGUGGCGGAAGAAGUGGCUAGGCCAGUGGGCCAAGCAGCUGUGUGUGAUCAGGGACACCAGGCUCUUGUGCUACAAAUCAUCCAAAGACCACAGCCCUCAGCUAGAUGUGAGCUUGCUGGGCAGCAGCGUCGUGCACAAGGAGAAGCAGGUGCGGAAGAAAGAGCACAAGCUGAAGAUCACGCCCAUGAACGCGGAUGUGAUUGUGCUGGGCCUGCAGAGCAAGGACCAGGCCGAGCAGUGGCUUCGGGUCAUCCAGGAGGUGAGCUGCCUGCCUUCCGAAGGGGCCUCAGAGGGAAACCAGUACACGCCAGAUGCCCAGCGCCUGAACUGUCAGAAACCAGAUAUAGCUGAGAAGUACCUGUCAGCUUCGGAUUAUGGGAACACCACUGAUGGCCAUCCUGAGGUCCCAGAGACCAAAGACGUCAAGAAGAAAUGUUCCACCGGCCUCAAACUGAGCAACCUGAUGAACCUGGGCAGGAAGAAGUCUACAUCACUGGAGCCACCAGAGAGAUCCCUCGAGACAUCCAGCUACCUAAACGUGCUGGUGAACAGCCAGUGGAAGUCACGCUGGUGCUUCGUUAGGGACAGCCACCUGCAUUUCUACCAGGACCGGAACCGGAGCAAGGUGGCCCAGCAGCCCCUCCGCCUGCUGGGCUGUGACGUGCUGCCAGACCCUAGCCCCGACCACCUGUAUUCCUUCCGAAUCCUCCAUAAUGGCGAGGAGCUGGUCAAGCUUGAGGCUAAGUCCUCAGAGGAGAUGGACCACUGGCUAGACGUUCUGCUCUCAGAGUCCGGCUCCAAAACAGGCCCGGAAGAGUUCACCUACGACUAUGUGGACGCCGAAAGGGUUUCCUGUAUUGUGAGUGCGGCCGAAACCUCUCUCUUACUGAUGCAGAGAAAGUUCUCUGAGCCCAACACAUACAUCGAUGGCCUGCCCAGCCGGGCCUCCCAGGAAGACCUGUAUGAUGAUGUGGAGAUGUCAGAGCUAACAGCAGUGGUGGAGCCUGCUGGGGAAGCCACCCCUGCCUUUGAUGCUACCAGCGAGAGUGAGCUUGACCGAGUGUACCUGGAUCUCACGCCUGCCAGGGCCUUCCUGCACAGCCCCAGUGAGGAAGCCCAGGUGCAUCUGGAUGACCCAUCGGAGUCCCUCACGGUUGACCCAAGACCGGGCACCACCCUGGAUGAUCCCCACACAGAGUCUCCAGAAGGUCUGGGGGAGCAGCAGAGGCAGCUAGAGACUCAGGAGUCUUCAGAGCUCACGGAGCCCACCCCAAGAAUCACCAUGGUAAAGCUGCAGGCCGAGCAGCAGAGAAUCUCCUUCCCAGCCAACUGCCCAGACACGGUGGCUUCUGCCCCCGCCAGCGCCAGCCCUCCUGUGAAGGACAGGUUGAGGGUGACCAGCGCAGGUCAGACCUCAUCCAUUCCUGCUGAUGCAAGCCGUUCCCUCUCUGGGUCUGUAGAGAUCAAACUUGGGAAGAACCGGACAGAGGCAGAGGUGAAGCGCUACACGGAGGAGAAGGAGAGACUGGAGAGGAGUAAGGAGGAGAUCCGGGGCCACCUGGCUCAGCUCCGCAGAGAGAAGCGGGAGCUCAAGGAGGCCCUGUCAAGAUGUACAGAUAAGGGAGUCCUGGCCAGCCUGGAGCAGAAGCUGAGGAAAGUGGACGAGGCGUGCCGGAUUGAGGAGAGCAGGCGUGUGGACCUUGAGCUCAGCAUCAUGGAUGUGAAGGACAACCUGAAGAAGGCUGAGGCCGGGCCCGUGACCCUUGGCACCACUGUGGAUACCACCCACCUGGACAACGUGAGCCCUCGGCCACAGCCCAAAGCUGCCACCCCCACCCCCACUCCAGACUCUACCCCAGUCAACUCUGCCUCUGUGCUCAAGAACAGGCCACUUUCUGUCAUGGUCACAGGCAAAGGCACUGUCUUGCAGAAAGCCAAGGAAUGGGAGAAGAAAGGAGCCAGUUAGAAAACAAGAAUUAUCUAAAAACUCUUGUGACAAUCCUGCUUCGAAAAAAACAUCAACUCUGAGGAAAGGUGAGUCUGCUUAGAGGAAAAAGCAAGGAGUGAGGCCCUGCGGUGGAGCUUCAGUCAGAAGCGCACUGACCCUUCUCGAGCGACAGGGAACACAGUGGUGGCAGCGGCGGCUUCUUCAGAGACUAAAUCUGUUGGCUGUCAGUAAGACAUUGUACUUUUUCUUUCCUUUUUUAGGAUUUCAUCCAUCACUCUAUUUCUUACUGAAAUUUUUAAGUAGUGAAAAAAAUGGCCACAUGGCUCUUGGUGAUGAGAAAAUCUAAACUUCUUUUAUCUUUUAUCCAGUAUUUGGCAAUGUUAAGGAUUAAAUCACCCUUGCCUCCACGCUUGUCCCCCACAUUGGUGGGCCCAGUGUGGUCUCUGAUGAUGAUAAGGAGCAUUUGCCACCAGUGGUGGAAACUCUGGAAAUCAGUAGUGGAUGGAACCUAGCUGAGUCACUCUGACCCCACUGAGGACUUUCCCCCAAGUCCACAGCAGUCCUGAUUCAACCGCCUUUAAAAGACAAACUUUUAAACAAUGCUGUAUUAUAAUGAGGGAAAAGUCCCUGUGUUUACAGACUCUGUCUGAGGCCAGGCCACUUUUUAAAAAAAAAAAAAGUUAGUUGAUUACCUCUUCGUUCCCAUUUGAAAGGUAUUUUUAAUUUCCGGUCCCCUUGCGAGGAAAACAGCAGUGGAUUAGAGCAGCCUUUCUUGUCUGUUCAGACUGGCAGCCAGGGCUGCCCUCCUGUCCCUCUGUGAUGACAUUAACACAUGCUGAUACAUUUCAUCUGUUCCCUGCUCUGUUUCCGGGCAUUCGGAGUCAGUUAGCUAGCGCUGGCUUCUGAAGGCUAAAUGUUUUUAUGCUUAUGUUGUCUUUCUAAUCCCAGGGCAUUUAUCCCCUACAUCAUAAACACUUGGUGAUCUUUACCAAGUGCUAAG